CGAGUUCAAUCGUAGAUUGUCGAAAAGAGAACAGUGGGGGAGAGGAAACCAGCUGAGUUGCUUCCUAUACAAUUCUCAGCUGACAGCGAAAGUGCGUCGUAGUUUAUGACUGAUUUUUUUGACAAUUUUUAUUUCACUGAGAUUUAACAAUAAUGAGCCUGACACCGAAAUCCUUCAAAGAAAAGAGAUCAUUCGCACAACGAGUUGCAGACGGUGAAUUAAUACGCGAACGCCAUCCAAAUAAAAUUCCAAUAAUUGUUGAGAGAUAUUAUGGUGAACGACAGUUGCCAUUGUUGGAUAAAUCCAAAUUUUUAGUACCUGAUCAUUUGACCGUUGCUGAACUGAUAAAAAUUAUAAGACGAAGAUUACAACUUCAUCCAACCCAAGCGUUUUUUGUACUGGUUAAUCAGAGGAGUAUGGCCAGUGGUAGUAUGACAAUGGCACAGCUGUAUCAACGCGAAAAGGAUGAGGAUGGUUUUUUGUACAUGGUUUUUGCCAGUCAAGAAGUAUUUGGAUGUUAACUUACGUUGAUUCCAAGCAAUGAUUUUCAUUAGAUAAUCAUGACAUUAUAUUACGUGAUACUAUGGAUAAAUGAAAUAAUGGUAGAAGUCAAAUAGUGAAGCAAAUGUGAAAUUUGAAUGAAUCACGCAACGUGGGAAGCCAAUUUCUGCAACCAAUUGAAAAGGAUAUGAAUAGAUUUGAAAAAAAAAAUGGUGGAAUAAUGGUGCUUUCAACGUCUAACGAUGCAAGAUAUGUGUGAAAUUUGAAAGGUAUACUGAUGUCUGUGGAUAGAAAUGUUUGGGGGGUAUGAAAAAAAAUAAAUGUUCUCUCAUUGUUCAUCCCUAGAGUUUGAAGAAUGGAGACAAAAAUAUUUGCUAAGGUACUUCGAGGAUAGUUGUGAUUUAAUGGAUGGAUAAAAUUAUGUGAACUAUAAUCUCUUGUCUAUUCAACCAACUAUAAAUUAAUGCAAUUAACGGAGCGAGAUACACCAAUUACCUGACGGAAAAUGAAUUCUGAAGAUUCAGAAAUUUGUAUGUGUUUAGACCAAAAUGUUCAAUUACUGAAACACAAUCAUUCGAUUUCAAACUGAACUCCAGAAAUUUUAUAAAAUAAGAGAGAGGUAUUUUACUGUUUUCACGAGGAAAAAUCAUUCAAUCGUUGGAUUAAUUUGUAGAAAGCAAUUUAUUAUCGAUUGAAUGGAGGACAUUUUCGAAGAUAACAUUGUGUGAAAUUUUUAUUCGGAUAAAUAUUGUAAAUGUUACGUUUUUUUACGUAGUAAA